AUCUGCUGGCCUUCCCUCAGAGAGAGGCUGGAUGGUCUUUAGCCUGUAGUCUGGCUUUAAUAUAGUGAGGGUGCACUAAGAUUACUCAGGGAGGAGCCAAAAAGCAUCAAGCAUGUUUGCUUCGGAUCACCUGAAGAUUCAUGGCUUCAGCAGUUCAGGGAGAUUUCUCACCACUUACAGGAAGGACUAUGGAGCCCUCAGGGAGCGCUAUCCACAGCUGAACUCCAGCUCAACUGAGGUUGAGCGAGCACCUUCAUUUACCGGCCCGCUACAGCCUCCUUCUUCUUCCUUCCUCCCUGCCCGCGUGCCUUCAUCUGACAUCCGCACAACUUCCAUUUCCCUGGCAACUCAGGAUGUUGCCUCCAUCCUGUCAGAAGACCAGACACAGGAUGCAGGAGUUGCCGGGGAUGCUCAGCGCUUACUUGGUAAAGAGGGCGAAGCACAGUGUCAUCAUGGAUAUGUUGAAAAUGUGUGGCAGCAGCAGGAGGCAAAAGACACGAAGACUGAGAUUAUCUACAAGGAAGGUGUGGUUGCGGUGUCUUCCUCCGAUGGUCUGCCCAGCUGUAAUGAUUUUUUAAUACAUUUACUCAAAGAAAACGGACUGCAGCACCUGCUCGACACUCCUUCAGGCUGGACUCCUGUUGUCACAAACAAAGAUGAUAAACAUUGGGACAAGAGCGCCCACCUGUGGGUCUGGAGCACCCCCUUACUUCAGAAUCCUACAGUUCAGUGCAGUCGCUGUGCAAGAGGACCUGAGUGCUUUGAGCUGAAAACCAUCUGUCAGAGCAGCGCCCUGCCUCAGGCCCGUGUGCAGCCGGCAACUUACCACACAGAGGCCAGGAGGAAGUUGCUGUAAACCAAGUACCAGUCCAACUAUGGGUCUAAACUACAGAGCGCUCAAAGGAAUCUCUAUAUUCAGCAGGAUGGCUUUUCCAAUCAUCGUCCACCUUGCCACUGGUCUUCAGUCUGAAUCUUGACUCAAUAUAGAUUAAAAUUAGA